CUAAAUAUACAAUGGGUGUUUAUAUAUCAAAAGACAAUGAUGGAUUUCAGCAUAAAUCCUGUCGCCGUCAAUACAUGCACUCAAAUCAAAUACACACAAUAAAAAAGAAAGCACUGUCAAGACGAAAUAAUUCACUCACACACGAAGAAAAAUCAAUAUUAAGCAAAGCAAAUCAACCUAAAGAACGUAUUAUUGCAGGGCGUGUUUAUCAUGAUGUUGAAUCUAGCUCAUAUAUGUUACCUAAAGAUGACAAAGAAAUUGAUCGACUCCAUCAAGAGCAUUUUGUGACAAAAGAGCUGCUCGGAUUUAAUAUCAUGAAGGAUGCAUUGAAGCUACUCGACUUCCAAAACAAUCAAUUAAAUGUGCUGGAUGUUUGUUGUGGCCCUGCUACGUGGUUAUGCGAAACAAGUCUCGAAUACCCAAAUUGUCAAUUCGCCGGUAUUGAUAUGUGCAGUUUAUGGCCACAAAUAAUUAGACCCGUCAAUCUUAAUUUUACAGAAGCGAAUGUGUUACAAGGUAUUCCUUAUCCUGAUAAAAGUUUUGAUUUCAUUCAAAUGCGGUUUAUUGUGCUUGCCUUCAAGCCAAAUGAAUGGUCUUUUGUCUUCUCUGAAAUCAAACGUGUCUUAAAAGAUGGUGGUCUUUUCCAGUGUAUUGAUCUAGACAUGAGAAUUAGUACAACAAACCCAAUUGCUAAAUCGUAUACAGAAGCAUUCCAAGCGUUUUGCUCAUCAAUCGGUCUAGACGCUUCUUUGGGAGCAAAACUGGAUAUUAUGCUAACAGAGAAGAGUGAAAUGAAGAUAAUACAGAGUGAAUAUCGAGAAGUUCCUUUGGGCUGGGGAGGCCCUAUAGGAGAUGCCUAUCUUCAAAUAUUUCAAGAUACAUUGGAGGGCAUUGAGCCUUGGUUAAAACAAUCACUUCAUGUUGUGGACGACCAGCACUAUCAAACACUGAUAAACAGGACAAAGCAUGCUUUUGUUCAAUCAAAAGCGUUUAUGGGAUUAUAUGCCUUUUUAGUACUAAAGCCUCAUUAAUCAUUUAUAAAUCUACCUUUUGUUGUUAUGACAGCACUGUUUUCUUUGGUAACAAUAACAAAUUAAUCUUGUGAUACAUAUACACACACACAGACCACUUCUAGCUUCCAUAAUUAACGG